AUGUCACAAGUCAUACAGAACCACGUGUUGCGUGUUGGACAGAGCGUGUGUGUUUCCUCACAGGAGGAAAGUAAGAGCUUGCACCCAGGCUGCUCCUCUCUGCCGAUGAAAUACACCUACUACUCGGCACAGGGCUGGGCUGACCAGCCAGCAAUGGUGCUUCAAGGAGCCCACCCUGUGUUUGAGCAACAAAAUACCUCUCUGGAGAGACCCAAUGCCCUGUAUCAGCCAAAGGAUGAGGAGAGGGAGGACACCGGCACAGAUCCUGAGGCUCACCUGGUGUCUCCUACGUUGGACAUCUCGAUUGAGAGCCUCAACCAGCUGAUCCUGGAAAUAGAUCCGACCUUUCAGCCGCUCAUGUGCAAGCCAGUGAAGGAGGCGGUCCAGGCUGCUUCUCAGGGUGACACUGCUGCCACCAAGAAACAAGAUCGGGAGGCAAUAGACAUUAAAUACAUAGAGAUGACUCCAAGCAGAGCCACAAGUUCCGAGCUGCUGCAGGGCUCCCCCAGCCCUUCAGGCACACCAUUCUCAAGGUCUCCCCAGGGCAACAGCUUCCUGCCCCAAAAAGGGGGUCUCAGAGGUAACUACAGCACCAGUGGCAACGUGGUUUUCUCAAGCCCAGCCAGCCCCUUGAGCCCCUGCUCAGGCACCUCGAGCUGCGCUGCCUCCCCGCCCCAAAGCACCGCGUCCGAGUGUGUGGCCGCAGGCACAGACGCCAUCUCCUACGGCCCCGCUGCUCUCGGCACCUCCCCAGCCUUGGACAACUUGCUGAAGCCAGUGCAGGUGGUGAGGGCCCAGCAGAGGGGCAGCUGGGUCUCCCUGCUCUCCACAAGCCCUGGCUCAGACACCAGUUACAUCCUUGGAAGCAGCACCCACUCUCUCCACAAUGAUGACUCAGAUGCUCACCCCACUGCCUGCAGCUCCACCGACUGCCUGUCCCCUGCCAGCUCUCUGGGCAGUCCCUGCCCACCUUCCCCAAGCAUCAGGUCUCACUCUGGAGAAGCUUUUGGCCUGAGUCCCCACCAGCCCAGGGCAGCCUGCACCACCAAAGCCAACACCUCUCCAUCCCAGAAGACACAGGCCAGCAGCUGCCCUGCCUCCAUCCUCAACACCACAGCUGACAUCCCAGUGCUGCUGGUGAACGGGUGCCUGGAACAAGGAGAUGCAUCUUCCAAGCUGGCCAAGGCUCCUCCAGCCUCUGCCAAGCAGAUCCCCCCUCCCAGCUGCAGCCCAGCCUCGAGGCUUGGUGGCUUGAACAAUGCACUGUCAGCACCAGCGCUCUCCUCUGCCUCAGACAGUGCCUCAAGAUCUGGGCAGCCGACCAUGAAGUUUGUGAUGGACACAUCAAAACACUGGUUCAAGCCAAGCAUAACCAGGGACCAAGCAAUCCAGCUGCUGAAGGACAAGGAGCCAGGCACGUUCGUGGUGCGGGACAGCACGUCGUACAGGGGGUCUUUUGGACUGGCCAUGAAGGUUCCUUCCUCUCCAUCUGGCAGCCAGACAGGUGAGGAGAGCAGUGACCUUGUCCGGCACUUUCUCAUCGAGUCCUCUGCCAAAGGGGUGCAUUUGAAAGGAGCCAGCGAGGAGCUGUAUUUUGGGAGCCUCUCUGCCUUUGUGUAUCAGCAUGCCAUCACCCCACUGGCACUGCCCUGCAAGCUGAGCAUCCCCACACGAGAUCUCACUGAUGGAGAAGACAGCCCUGACUGUGCUCCAGAGUCCACACUGUCCCUGCUGAAGAAAACUGCUGUGUGUAACGUCCUGUACCUCAACUCAGUCAACGUGGAGACACUGACGGGAGCCCCAGCCAUCCAGAAAGCCAUCUCUUCCACCUUUGAGCUGGAGACGCUGCCCACACCCACCCUUGUGCACUUCAGAGUGACUGAGCAGGGAGUGACGCUGACAGACAUCCAGAGGAAGGUGUUUUUCAGGCGACACUACCCCCUGGCUUCCAUCAGGUUCUGUGGGAUGGACCCUGAGAACAGAAAGUGGCAGAAAUACUGCAAGUCCUCAAGAAUCUUUGGGUUCGUGGCCAAGAGCCAGACAGAUUCGGAGAACCUCUGUCACCUGUUUGCAGAGUACGACACCGUGCAGCCACCGUCGCUUGUCAUCGACCUGCUCUGCAAGCUCCUGCCAGGCCCGUAG